AUGGACAGGCUGUUCAUGGCCUUGCUCGUCGUGCCGCUGAUGCUCUACUGCAUGUUGUCGUUCGUCCUGGCUCUCGCUCUGACGCUCCUCUACGUGCCAAGAAAAAUCCUCAUCUCAAGACUUUAUUGGGCAGUGCCGUUCAUCCCCGCGAUAUGGAGCCGGCAGCGGGGGGUCACGACGUUCCUCACGCGCUCCGCGUUCGAGAUGACGUACAGCAUCAACGCUCUGCGGCGCCUUCUCACCGCGCCGAUCAGAUCGCUUCCCUCGUUUUACAUAAUCGGCUUCCCAAAAGCAGGAACGACAUCAAUCGCCUCGCAGCUCCGCAGGCACCCGGCCAUCAGGGGACUGUCAGCGCUGCCGUACGGCGUCAUGCAGAAAGAGUCCCACUUUUUCAGCGGCGUGUUCGGCGCCCGCUGCGCUCACCAGUCGCUCCUGUACCGGUCGUUCUUCCCGACGCUUCUGAGCAAGUUCUGGGUCGAGGUCGUGCGCGGGGCAGGCAAAAUGAUCACGUUCGAUGCCACGCCCACGUACGCGGUGCUGCCUCACGUAGCCAGGCGGGUGAAGGCGUUGACUCCAGAUGCCAAGCUCGUCGUCUGCGUCCGAAACCCUUGCGAGGCGGUCUUCAGUGCCGAGGUCAUGCUGCGGAACCUGGGCAUGGAUCUCCCGUACACCAUGAUGGACUCGAUGCGUCCGAACGACGCGCGGUUCGCCCCGUGCGAGGAUGAGACCCGCCUCUGGCAGGAGCUCGAGGACCUCGACGUGCGCGGGGAGCUCCCCCAGUCGCUCCCGGAGCUGUUCUACACGCGCGUGGGGACGCUCCUCCGCGCGGGCAACAUCGCCGAGUGCCUGAGGCCCUGGCUCGCGGAGUUCACCCGCGACCGGAUCAUGGUCGUGGACUACAACGCGAUCGUCGCGGACGAGGAGGGGGUGGUCCGCCAGAUCCUCGAGUUUGUCGGCGCGGACCCCGGCCUGUACAAGUGGAAGCACCUCCCGCCCGGCAUGAAGACCGAGUACCGCGGGCGGCGGAUGCACCCGACCGUUGCGGCGCACCUCAGGCGGCACUUCGAGCCCCUGAACCGACAGUUCAGCAUGCUGGUGGGGCGCAACUUCGCCUGGACGGUGGCGGCCGACGUGUGA